CUAAUAUUAUGGGCUAACUACAUAACGUUAUUGUCUUUGGGCCUAAAAAUCUUUUUACUUUCCGUUAAUAACAAAUCAUCGGAAUAACAUCCGGCAACCCAACUCCGCCGUAACCUCCAACCACCGCAAGAGAUGCCAGCAACGCAGAAUCCAAUCGCCAUCCUAACAGCCGUUUCCGUAGCCGUAUUUUCUCUGUACAUCUUAACAAACAAACGCCGUUCGAAAUCUAAAACCCUAAUAACGGAAAACAAACGGAAAAUAAACGGAAUCGUUAGCGCAAUUGGUGACACUCCUCUAAUUCGUAUUAACAGUCUCUCUGAUGCCACUGGCUGUGAAAUUUUUGGGAAGGCGGAGUUUUUGAAUCCUGGAGGAAGUGUUAAAGACAGAGUUGCUGUUAAAAUUAUUGAAGAGGCGUUGGAAUCUGGAGAAUUAUCUCGAGGUGGUGUAGUUACAGAGGGGAGUGCUGGGAGCACUGCAAUUAGUCUUGCAACAGUUGCCCCUGCCUAUGGAUGCAAAUGCCAUGUGGUUAUUCCAGAUGAUGCUGCCAUUGAGAAGUCUCAAAUACUAUAUGCUCUUGGAGCAACAGUUGAAAGGGUCAGGCCGGUGUCAAUAACUCACAAAGAUCAUUUUGUCAAUAUUGCAAGGAGAAGGGCAUCAGAAGCAAAUAAAUUAGCACUGCAGCACAGAAAUGAAACAGAGAUGAAAGACAUAAACGUUACAAAUGGAUACUUGUCUGAGAAAGAACAAAACAAAGGGUUCACUGGUGAGUAUAGAGGUGGCUUCUUUGCAGAUCAAUUUGAGAACCUGGCAAAUUACAGAGCUCAUUAUGAAGGAACUGGACCUGAGAUUUGGGAACAAACUGGUGGCAAAUUGCAUGCUUUUGUUGCAGCUGCAGGCACUGGUGGCACUGUGGCUGGUGUAUCCCGCUUUCUAAAGGAAAAAGAUCCAGGAAUUAAGUGUUUUCUUGUGGAUCCUCCUGGUUCUGGCUUGUUCAACAAAGUUACAAGGGGGGUGAUGUACACAAGAGAAGAGGCUGAAGGGAAGAGAUUGAAAAACCCAUUUGAUACCAUCACCGAAGGAAUAGGGAUCAAUAGACUGACAGAGAAUUUUAAAAUGGCUCAACUUGAUGGAGCUUUCCGGGGCACGGAUAUUGAGGCUGUGGAAAUGUCUAGAUUUCUUCUAAAGAAUGAUGGGCUGUUUAUUGGAAGUUCUUCGGCAAUGAACUGUGUUGGAGCAGUGAGAGUAGCCAAAUUGUUGGGUCCUGGUCAUACCAUCGUUACAAUUUUGUGCGACAGCGGGAUGAGGCAUCUAAGCAAGUUUUGUAACCCAGAGUACCUUGCUCAACAUGGCUUAACACCCUCAGCGAAAGCAUUAGAGUUCCUUGAUCGUAAAUGAGAUAUCUGUUUAUACGCAUGGGACAACAUUGAGCUCAAAAUGGGCUGUUAUGAUUGCAAACUUUUUUGAUGCCUAACUGUAAUGGUGGGCAAAAGUAGUUGGGCAGAGUAACUGUUUUGAUAGGAAAGAAGCCCGGCUAAACCCAGCUGGGACCGUUUAGGGUCAAGCAGACCCUUUCUCAAGCUGAAGGCCCGAUACAGACUACUGUGACUAUAUUCAUUUUUACCUGGAUAAGUUUUAUUGUUUCUGCGAUUAUCCACUGUUUCUUUAUGUAACUUUAUACGUUUGGAUAAGUUUUAUUCUGUAUAGUUUUGUUUUAGCAUAGUUUCCAUUUAUGGAAAGUUGUACAUUUUUUGUAGUAUAAUAUAUUUUAACAUUUGUUUGAA